AUGGGGUUGUUGCCAGAUCUUUUUACUUUGACUAUUUUGAUUAAUUGCUUUUGUAAUGUGGGUCGAGUUUGUGAUGGUUUUGUUGUUUUUGGGAGGAUUUUGAGGUGGGGUUCUAGCCCUAAUGUUGUGACUUUUACUUCUGUGAUUAAAGGUUUGUGUUUGGAGAAUAGGAGUAUGGAGGCUGUGGAGUUGUUCAAGCAAAUGGUUGUGUUUGGGGUUAGGCCUAACGUGAUUACGUAUGAGACUUUGAUUAAUGGGUUGUGUCGAACAAGGAAUACGAGUAUUGCACUUAGGAUACAUGAAGAAAUGGGGGAGCAAGGUUUCCAACCUAAGGUGGUGAUGUGUAAUACAAUGAUAAGUGGGCUUUGCAAGGAGGGGAAGAUGGAAGAAGCUAAUGGGUAUUUCGAAUUAAUGAUUCAAAGGGGUUUGCAGCCUAAUGUGGUGGCGUAUAAUACAAUGAUAAGUGAGAUUUGCAAGGAGGGGAAGAUGGAGGAAACUAAUGGGUAUUUGGAAUUAAUGAUUCAAAGAGGUUUGCAGCCUAAUGUUGUGACGUAUAAUUCAAUGAUAAGUGGGCUUUGCGAAGAGGGAAAGAUGGAGGAAGCUAAUGGAUUAUCUAAUGAAGCAAAGGAGCUGCUAAUCUCUAUGGAGAGUAACGGUUGUAAGCCUGAUGGUUUUGUUGUUUUUGGGAGGAUUUUGAGGCGGGGUUUAAGACCAAAUGUUGUGACUUUCACUUGUUUGAUUAAAGGUUUGUGUUUAGAGAAUAGGAGUUUGGAAGCUAUGGAGUUGUUCAAGAAAAUGGCUGUGUUUGGGGUCAGGCCUGACACUAUUACGUAUAGGACCUUGAUUAAGGGGUUGUGUCAGACAGGGAAUACUAGUGUUGCGCUUGGAUUGCAUGAAGAAAUGGGUGCUAGUAAUGGUGAAGGGAGUGUUAUCUUUAAGCCUGAUAUUGUUUCUUAUGGUAGUAUUAUAGAUGGUCUUUGCAAAGAUGGGUUGGUUGAUAAGGCAAAAGAAUUGGUCUUGGAAAUGAAGGGGAGGAGAAUUAAGCCAGAUGUGGUUGUUUUUAACUCUCUAAUUUAUGGUUGGUGUUUUGUGGGAAAUUUGGAGGAGGCUAAAGGCUUGUUUGUUGAGAUGGCGGAUCAAGGUUUGCACCCUAACUUACUGAUGUAUAAUACAAUGAUAAAUGGGUUUUGCAAGGAGGGAAAGAUAGAGGAGGCUAAUUGGUUGUUGAAAUUUAUGAUCCAAAGAGGUUUGGAAAUUAGAGAAUUCUAUGAGUCUUUACAAGGAAAUGAUUUGAAAGGGAAUUAA